AGCGGGGCGGGGCCUGCGAACAGGGUCCGGCGGCCGUGCGGGAGCCAUGGCGGCCUCGGAGGCGGCGGCGGCGGGGUCCUCGGCUCUGACGGCGGGUACCCGGGCCGUCCCGGCGGCCACAAGAGGAGCCGCCGCCGCCGCCUCGGGACCGUGGGUGCCCCCGGGACCCCGACUGAGGGGCAGCCGGCCGCGACCCGCGGGGGCGACGCAGCAGUCCUCGGCCCCCGCGCUACCGCCGGGGGAGCUGAUCCAGCCGUCGGUGAGCGAACUGUCGCGGGCCGUGCGGACCAACAUCCUGUGUACCGUGCGCGGGUGCGGCAAGAUCCUGCCCAACAGCCCCGCGCUCAACAUGCACCUGGUCAAGAGCCACCGCCUGCAGGAUGGCAUAGUCAAUCCAACAAUAAGAAAAGAUUUGAAAACUGUACCGAAAUUCUACUGUUGUCCAAUCGAAGGCUGCCCCAGAGGCCCUGACAGACCAUUUUCUCAGUUUUCUCUCGUAAAACAGCACUUUAUGAAAAUGCAUGCUGAGAAGAAGCACAAAUGUAGUAAGUGCAGCAAUUCGUAUGGUACAGAAUGGGACUUGAAAAGACACGCAGAGGACUGUGGCAAGGUCUUCCGGUGCACAUGUGGCUGUCCCUACGCCAGUAGAACGGCACUGCAGUCUCACAUCUACCGAACUGGCCAUGAGAUCCCUGCAGAACACAGGGAUCCGCCUAGUAAAAAAAGGAAAAUGGAAAACGGCUUGCAAAACCAGAAGGUGUCCAGUAAGACCACUGAACCAGUGAACAACCAGCCAGUCCCUAGACCAGACACGCAAGAACUAGAAGCUUCAGAAAUAAAGCUAGAACCAUCUUUUGAAGACUCCUGUGGCUCUAACACUGAAAAGCAGACUCUUACACCACCAAGAUAUCCUCAGAAGUUGCUUUUACCCAAGCCAAAAGUGGCUUUGGUUAAACUACCAGUGAUGCAGUUUUCUCUCACGCCUGUCUUUGUGCCUACAGCUGACUCCCCAGCCCAGCCCGUGGUGGUAGGUGUGGAUCAGGGCUCUGCCACAGGGGCUAUGCACUUGCUGCCCUUGUCAGUAGGAACCCUGAUCCUUGGCCUAGAUUCAGAGGCUUGCUCUCUUAAGGACAGCCUACCUCUUUUCAAAACUGCUCAUCCUGUCGCUCUUGAGCCCAUAAGCACAGGCGUUCAAGUGAACUUGGGUAAAAGUCCAUCUGCUCCUUUACAAGAACUAGGGAACACAUGUCAGAAGAACAGCAUUUCUUCCAUCAAUGUGCAGACGGAUCUGUCUUAUGCCUCACAAAACAACUUUAUACCUUCUGCACAGUGGGCCGGCACUGAUUCCUCUGUGUCAUCUUGUUCCCAAACUGAUUUGUCAUUUGAUUCUCAAGUGUCUCUUCCCAUUAGUGUUCACACUCAGACAUUUUUGCCCAGCUCUAAGGUAACUUCAUCUAUAGCCGCUCAGACUGAUACAUUUAUUGACACCUGUUUCCAGUCAGGUGGGGUCUCCAGAGAAACUCAAACCAGUGGGAUACAAAGCCCAACAGAUGCCCAUGUACAGAUGGACCAGGCUGCCAUGUGUGGAGACAUUUUUGGGAGUGUUCAUUCAUCAUAUAAUGUCGCUACAGGUAACAUCAUAAGUAACAGUUUAGUAGCAGAGACAGUAACUCAUAGUUUGUUACCUCAGAAUGACCCUAAGACUUUAAAUCAAGUUAUUGAGAAAUCUGCACCAAUUAUAAACUUCAGUGCACAGAAUAGUAUGCUUCCUUCACAGAACAUGACAGAUAAUCAGACCCAAACCAUGGAUUUAUUCAGUGAUCUGGAAAACAUCUUGUCAAGUAAUCUGCCUGCUCAGACACUGGACCAUCGUAGUCUUUUGUCUGACACAAAUCCUGGACCUGACACGCAGCUUCCAUCUGGCCCAGCCCAGAAUCCUGGAAUUGAUUUUGAUAUCGAAGAGUUCUUUUCAGCCUCAAAUAUCCAGACUCAAACUGAAGAGAGUGAACUUAGCACCAUGAACCCUGAGCCAGUCUUGGAGUCACUGGACAUAGAGACUCAAACGGACUUCCUACUUGCCGAUACCUCUGCUCAGUCCUACGGGUGUAGGGGAAAUUCUAACUUCUUAGGCCUUGAGAUGUUUGACACGCAGACACAGACAGACUUAAACUUCUUCUUAGACAGUAGCCCUCAUCUGCCUCUGGGAAGUAUUCUGAAACACUCCAGCUUUUCCAUGAGUACUGAUUCAUCUGACACAGAGACCCAAACUGAAGGAAUCUCCGCUGCUAAAAAUAUACCUGCUCUAGAAAGCAGAGUUCAGUUCAACAGUACGGAAACACAGACCAUGAGUUCUGGGUUUGAAACCCUGGGGAGCUUGUUCUUCACCAGCAAUGAAACUCAAACAGCGAUGGACGACUUUCUUCUGGCUGAUCUGGCCUGGAACACGAUGGAGUCUCAGUUCAGCUCUGUAGAAACCCAGACCUCUGCUGAACCACACACAGCCUCCACCUUCUAAAACCAAAAGUGGAGUCCGCGUGUGACACGGCAUCCACCAUUUCCUCUGGAUUGAACUACAGAAGGGGGACAACAGUAUUCUACUGAAUGUAGUCGAUGAUGCAGUUGCUUAAGCUUUGCGGUUCUUUGCCUUUUGUACCUGUCACCAUGAAAUUUGUGUAUAAAUGUGAGUCUGUUAUAAAGUGUGAGAUGUUGAUCUAAACUGUUUUUGUGUUGCCUACAUUGGCCCUUUCACAGCUAGUCUUUUCAUAUUUAAAAAACGGAUUUCACACCUAUAAAAUAUACAUAGCCAUUUAGCUGAAGCCAAGCUUACCAGGUUCAAGGAUACAAAUUUCUCAGAUCUUCUGAAACAUUUUAGUCAAAGUGUAAUAUACUUAAUUGCACCCAAAAUACCUUUGACAGUGCUUGUUAGAAAUUCCUGAUUCCUAUUACUAAUAACUACAGAAACCUGACGCUGCCACCGUAAGAUGUACGCAGUAGUGCUUCCGUGCUCUUAGACUCCUGCUGCCUGCACCUUCAUCAGCUCUGACACCUCUUUACUGAUUUAAAGACACCAAGGAAAACUGUAGCUGUUUAGCUUUUGAAGCAGUUUUCAUGUAAUCAAUGCCACCUCUGCCGUACGUGAGCUACUGCUGAGCACUUUACACACAAGAAGUUUACUGACAUAAAAUUACUGGCUAGGGAAAGAGCAGCAGGCCAGGCAUGGUGGCUCACCCCUCUAAUCCCAGCACUUUAGGAGGCUGAAGCGAGAGGAUCACUUGAGCUCAGGAGUUCUACAACAGCUUGGGCAACAUAGGGAGACAGUGUCUCUAGAAAAAAGAAAUUUAAUUAGCCAGGCAUAGCGGUGUGCACCUGUGAUCCCAGCUCCUUGGGAGGCUGAGGUGAGAGGAUCACUUGAGGAGGUUGAGGCUGCAGUGAGCCAUGAUCACGGCACUGUACUCUAACCUGGGUAACAGGGCAAGACCCUAUCUCAAAAAUAAAAGCAAGCACUUAGUAGUGUUGUGUUCCUGCUAAAAGGGUGAGUUAUCCAAACCAUGGGAACAGAGUUGUGGAAACAUGCCUAUUACUUCAUUUGGGGAUAUACCCUAUGAAUAUCCUCUCUGCUCUCCACAGUAGGCCAGAGUCGGGGGGCUCUGGAGCUGUUUCCCAAAGUGCAUCCACAGGCUGGAUCUAAGUUUUGUCACUCUAAACAUUAAAAAACAAGAAAAAAAUGGGAAGAGAAAAGGGCAUCCCCCAUUAGGUUUCAAUACGUUGCACUUCUACUGAGUUUGAUAGGGCAGGAGUGAAAUCUACAAUUAUUUUAAAGUUGAAUUUCGUUGUAUUCACCGUUCUUUAUCUUUUCCUUGAACAAGACAAGAUACUGGUCUAGCAAGGAUGUUACUUGUGCCUUAAGGCUAACAAUUAUAGGAUAGAUUCAUCUAAAAUAUGGUAUUCUGCAUUUUGUUGAUUUUUUUUUUAAAAGAGAAUACGAAACAGUCUUCAAAGAAUGCAAAGAAAGUGAAGACCUAUUGCUUCAAUAAUCAAGAACAUUUUCUGUUUUGAGGUGGGAGCAUGAUCAAGUAUGCUUUGGGGAUUUUCUGUAUUUAGGAGAUCCUGGAUUCUUUUGUUUGUUUGUUUUUAUUUUUUUAUUUUUUAUUAGAUCCUGGAUUCUUAAUUGUUGGCUAACUUCCAGCCAAGUAGGAAUAAUGCAGCCUCUAAGUUGUCUACAUUCACACACACACACACACACACACACACACACACACACACACCUUUCUGUGGCACGUGCCUGUGUUACUGAAAGCUAAAUCCUCAAAAUAAAACCUACUAAGGAAACUAAUGAUUCAUUAAAUGGAUGGUUCUGCUACUAAUUCCCAUCCCAUACAUCUGUUACAAAAGAAGUGUUGGUAAACAGCAUAUCCUGGGCAGAUGGACUCCACCCAGGAGGUAAGUUUGCUGUGGUCACAGUUGCCUGUGAGUAUGGAUUUCAAAACAAACAUAAAGCCUUAACUCAGAAUUUCAUUACAUUUUAGAAUCGUCACUGCCUUAAUAUUCAAGCAUCUAUUUAAGUCCUCCUAAUGAAGGAGAAACGCAUGUUUAUGGCUUUGUUGUAAAUAUAAAUGCAGUGAUCUAUGGCUUAAAAUUUUUUCUGUGUUUGUGACAAUGUUUGUAAAUCUAGUCAAUAGAGUUAUUUACAGAAAAAACUGAGCAUGUAAUAAUACAAGAACUGUUUCCCCCUCAAAACCUGAAUGUGAAUUAUUUGUAAAAACUGAAAUUUAAUGAUUAAAGAGAAGCCAGAAUUCUG